AUGACUGUCUACCAUGGUGGUAGAUUUGGGUAUGACAAUGGUACAUUGGAGUAUAUAUGGGGAGAAAUGACUGUGAUCGAAGAUGUUGAUAUGGAUUGCUGGUCUCUUUUUGAGGCAUAUGCUGAGGUGGGACAGUUUGGGUACACAAAUGAAAAAAUUGUAGCUUUCUGGUAUAAGGACUCAAGUUCUGAUUGGUUAGAGAACGAUUUGAAGUUAUUUGAGGGAGACAGAGAUGCCAUUGAGAUGAGUAAAAUAACAGGGAAGAGGGGUCAUGUUGAUCUGUACGUGGUCCAUAAGGUUGAGGUUGAUGAAGAAUUUCCUGAAGUAGGAUUUCUUGAUGUUGGAGGCCCAGGUGAACAGGUUCAGGAGGCGGAGAGGGCCAAUGAUGAAGAGGAGGUGGACAGGGCCAAUGCGGAGACGGUUAAAGAGGGAGAUAAGCUGAACCCGGAUGAGCAGGUUAAAUCGAAUAGUGAUGAGGAUAGUGAUGAUGAGGAUUUCAUUCCAUCUGAUGGUGAGGUUGACAGUGCAGAUGAUGUGAUGUUUACAGAUAGUGAAGAGGAGUACGAUGAUGAGAGCAGAUUUGAUGAAGUAAGAGGCGGGACGGAUGGUGAUCGGAUUGAAAAAGGAAAAGGGGUUGCAGGAAGUGAUUUCAGUGAUGAGGAAGGGUUCAAUAGUGAUGAAGUUGAUGUGGAUUAUGAAGUGGGUGGUGGUUCAGAGAAAGAGGACAGCGAGGAUGAUGAUAACAAUGAAGCAAUUAGAUAUCCAAUCCAUAAAGAUGUGAAAGACAUGACAAGGUACAAAUGGGAAGUUGGAACUGUGUUUGCUUCAAGGGAGGAAUUCAAGGACACUGUAACAGCUUAUGCAGUGCAAAAAAGAAGGGGACUGAGGUAUGCGAAACUUGACUUGGUUAGGGUGAGGGCUGUUUGUCAAGAGGGUUGCCCGUUUUGGUUAUACGCAGCAAAAAUGAGUGAGGAGGAGACUUGGCAACUUAGGUCAAUGAACCUUAAGCAUACUUGUGGCCAGUCACAUAGGGUAGAGAUACUGCAUACUGGUUGGCUGAGUAAAGCAUUUAGGAAGAAAGUGGAAGGUAACCCAAAAGUGAAGAUAAAGGACCUAGUCAAUAAGGCACAAAGGAAAUGGAAUUUGAUAGUGACAACAUCAAUGGCAGCUAGGUUAGACAAGCUGCAUUGGAUGAGAUUCAGGGAGCUUACCGGAAGCAGUACAAAAGGAUUGCUGACUACUGCUCGGAACUGCUACGUGCUAAUCCAGGCUGCUUGCAAGAAGAGCUUCCUGCAGUGUAGAAAGUUUGUUGGAUUGGAUGGGUGUUUUCUAAAGACACCUCAAGGGGGGCAGUUGUUGACAGCGAUAGGGUGGGAUCCUAAUGAUCAAAUGCUUCCAAUCGCCUACGCCAUUGUGGAGGCAUUGACUAAAGACACCUGGAAGUGGUUUUUCUGGCUGCUCAUUGACGACAUCGGAGCUGAGGUCAUUGGGAAAUCAACCUUCAUGUCUGAUCAGCAAAAGGGUCUCUUGCCUGCUUUUGAUGAGGUCAUUCCAGGAGUGGACCAUAGGUUCUGUGUCCGCCAUCUUUACAGCAACUUCAGGAAGAAAUUUCCUGGGUUACACCUGAAGCAGCUGAUGUGGAGGUGUGCAAAGGCUACACACUGGAAGGAAUGGGAGAAAGAGAUGCAAAUCAUAAGGCAGAUCAAUGUGGAUGCGCACAGACAUCUAAACGCUAUUCUUCCAAGAUUUUGGAGCAGGUCCAGGUUUAAUUUUCACUCUAAAUGUGACACUCUUGUGAAAAACAUGUGUGAGAGCUUUAAUGGUGCAAUAGUAGACUCUAGGGAGAAACCUAUAGUGACAAUGUUGGAGGACAUAAGGGUUUAUUUGAUGAGUAGGUGGGCUCUUAAUAGGGAAAGAAUUAAGAACUUUAAUGGGACAGUUUUACCUCGGACUAGGAUGAAACUAGAGAGGAGAGGCAGAUUAGCUGGUGAGUGGAGGCCUUACUGGUCUGCUGCACAAACAUAUAAGGUUGUUAAUGGUUUGUCUAAAUUUUCUGUUGAUCUUUCUGCUCACGAGUGCUCCUAUAGGAAGUGGCAGCUUAGUGGUAUUCCCUGCACCCAUGCCAUUAGCUGCAUCAACUAUAAGGGCCUUGACAUAGAUGGAUUUGUUGAUGACUACUACAAGAAGGCUGCAUAUGUCAAGUGCUAUGAUUCAGUCAUCAAUCCUCUGAAUGGCCCAGAUUUGUGGGAGAAAACCAACUUUGAUGAUGUCAUGCCCCCUCCUUAUCGAAAGCCUAGCCACAGACCAGUCAAGAAGAGGAAGAGAUGA